AUGGGGCUCCCAGUACUGUUCCCAGGCGACAGGAGACAGGAGACACAGCCGCUCGUACCCGACGCCGGCGCGGGUUAUGGAGCUGUACAACUAGCGGCGUCGAUUAAGCAUGUUGAGACCCUCAACCCCGACGAGACACCCCAUGUCGACACGGACGGAGUCGAUCGCCACCUCGCUGUAAAGUACCCCGAGUCCCUGGUGGGCCUGAGCGAGGCCGAGCUCGACGCCGUGGACCGGCGCGCAACGCGCAAGAUCGACAUCCUCCUCAUGCCGGCUCUCAUGGCACUGUAUGUGCUUAACUACCUGGACCGGCAGAACGUUUCCACGGCCAAGAUCGGCGGCCUCACCGACGACCUAAACAUGACCCAGAGCCAGUUCGCAACAUGCGUUGCGGUCCUGUUUGCCGGAUACAUUUCACUGCAGAUCCCCUCAAACAUGAUGGUGGGACGAGUGGCCAAGCCCAGUGUGUAUAUCUGCUGUUGGUGUGCCAUGUGGGGUACUGUGUCGGCGUGUACUGGCGCUGUGCAGAGUUUUGCCGGGUUGGUGGUAUGUCGCCUCAUGUUGGGGUUCACCGAGGCGGCAUUCUUCCCCGGUGCUGUGUAUCUCCUCUCGCUGUUUUAUACCCGGAAACAGCUGGCAUUGCGCACUGCAAUCUUGUACUCUGGGUCACAGAUUGGGAACGCGUUCGGUGGGCUCUUUGCCCUCGCGUGUCUUCAGCUCGAUGGGGCGCACGGGCUACAGGGAUGGCGCUGGCUCUUCAUCAUCGAGGGUGUGAUGACCGUUGGGUUUGCCAUCAUCUUUGCUCUGUAUAUGCCCAACAAACCCGCUACAAUGCGCUGGCUGGAUCGCCAGGAACGCGACCAGGUGCUGUUCCGCCUCGAGAUGGACAAGGGGACCCAGGACGGAACCAAGGAAAUGACCACGCGCCGCGCGUUCAAGCUAUCCCUCACCGACCCGGCAGUUUACCUCCUCGGCCUCACUCUGUGGUGCUGCUGGGUCGCGGCUGCCGUCACCAACUUCUUCCCCAUUGUGGUCAACUCGCUCGGAUUCAGCCGCACAGUCACGUUGUCCAUCACCGCCCCACCAUAUAUCCUGUGCAUCGUGUGCCUGGUCAUUGUAGGCUGGAGCUCGGACAAGCGACGCGACCGCACCUGGCACACGGUCUGUGCGAUGAGCGUCACCAUCGUCGCCAACAUCAUCGCGCUCGCGACCACAAACGUCGCCGCCCGCUACUUUGCCAUGAUGCUUAUGCCGGGCUCGUUCUACAGCGCAACCAUCGUCCUGUUGUCGUGGAUCAGCACAUCCGUCGUUGGACCAGACAUCAAGCGAGCCAUCGCAAUCGCGAUGAUCAACAGUUUCGCCAACAGCGCCAACAUCUGGACCAGCUACCUCUACAAGGCGCUGCGGUAUAUCCUCGCAUUCAGUGUCAACCUCGCUGCCAGUGUGCUCGUCAUCCUCCUCACAUUCCUGACGCGGUGGUAUCUCCGCCGCCAAAAUGCGCGGCUCGAUCGCGGCGAGGACCUCGGUCCGAACGGCCCGACGCAAGUCCAGAUCGAGGCCAAGUACCGGUUCACGCUGUAG